CCGUAAUUUGUUGACAGAUCGGUUUUUCAUCUUUUUCUUAUAGGAUAACCAUAAUUUUCUGAAGUCAAAAGCAAAUGAUGCACGUAGUGUUUUAUGUCCAAUUGUUGGUUACUAUGGUUCAUUUUGUCCAGGUUCAACAAGAAAAUUACCGUCAUCAGUUAAAAAUGAUGAAAUACCAAAAUUACCGGUUGGUGUUGGAACAACAAUAGAUUUAAGUACAGGCAAACUGAUGUUACCAGCUUUCAACCUAACAUAUCACGCAAGAAAGAAGUGGAUUGAUCCUAAAUCACAACAAACAUACAUAAUACCGGAUGAAAUUGAACUGACAGAUGUACCAGAUAACAACGAAAAUAAUAAUAUACCACGAAUAAAUAUUUAUCAAAAUGUUUAA